AUGGAACCAGAAAAUCAAACACAAGUUUUGGAAUUUAUUCUUCUGGGGCUCUCAGGAGAGGCAGACCUGCAGCCCCUCCUCUUCGGGCUCUUCCUGUCCAUGUACCUGGUCACCUUCACUGGGAACCUGCUUAUCAUCCUGGCCACCAUCACAGACUCCCACCUCCACACACCCAUGUACUUCUUUCUGUCCAACCUCUCUUUUGCAGACAUCUGUUUUACUUCCACCACUGUCCCAAAGAUGCUUGGGAAUAUUCAGAUACAGAACAAAGGUAUUACUUACCAAAGCUGCAUCACUCAGAUGUAUUUUUUCAUGGUUUUUGGAGACUUGGACAGUUUUCUCUUGACAGUGAUGGCCUAUGACCGGUUUGUGGCUAUCUGCCAUCCCCUACGCUACACAGUCAUCAUGAACCCCAAGGUGUGUGGCCUCCUACUUCUGGUAUCCUGGUUACUGAGUUUUCUGGAAUCUCUCUUACACUGCUUACUGGUUUUGCGCUACAUGGAACCGGAAAAUCAAACACAAGUUUUGGAAUUUAUUCUUCUGGGGCUCUCAGAAGAGACAGACCUGCAGCCCCUCUUCUUCGGGCUGUUCCUGUCCAUGUACCUGGUCACCUUCACUGGGAACCUGCUUAUCAUCUUGGCCACCAUCACGGACUCCCACCUCCACACGCCCAUGUACUUCUUUCUGUCCAACCUCUCUUUUUCAGACAUCUGUUUCACUUCCACCACAGUCCCAAAGAUGCUUCUGAACAUCCAGAUGCAGAACAAAGUUAUUACUUAUGAAGGCUGCAUUACUCAGAUGUAUUUUUUCAUUCUUUUUGGAGACUUAGACAUUUCCCUGUUGACAGUGAUGGCCUAUGACCGGUUUGUGGCUAUCUGCCAUCCCCUACGCUACACAGUCAUCAUGAACCCCAAGGUGUGUGGCCUCCUACUUCUGGUAUCCUGGUUACUGAGUUUUCUGGAAUCUCUCUUACACUGCUUACUGGUUUUGCGGUUGUCUUUCUGCACAGACCUGGAAAUUCCCCACUUUUUCUGUGAACUUAGUCAGGUAAUCCAAGUGGCUUGCUCUGACACUUCCCUCAAUGACUUGGUUCUGUGUUUUGCAUCAGGACUUUUGGGUGUUAUUCCACUCACUGGGAUCCUUUUCUCUUACACUAAGAUAGUUUCCUCUAUUUUGAGAAUUUCAUCAGCUGGGAGCAAGUAUAAAGCCUUUUCCACAUGUGGAUCUCACAUCUCAGUGGUUUCCUUGUUCUAUUGUACAAUUCUUGGGAUUUAUUUCAGUCCUUCUGUUUCCCAAAACUCUAGGGCCAGUGCAAUAGCAUCAGUGAUGUACACUGUGGUCACUCCCAUGCUGAACCCCUUUAUCUACAGUCUCAGAAACAAGGAUAUAAAACAGGCCAUAAAAAGACUUUUCAACCAAGAACAAAAUUUUGCAUAA